GAGUAGCAACAGGGAACAGAAGCUACCCCGCCCUUUACCCCACUAUACGUCACUUUGCCUAUGCCUCGGACUGAGACGCCUAAAGUAUCGUCCUCUGCCUAGUUCCGUUAUUCAAAUUCCGAACCCGAAUCACCUGGGUCUUCGAACAGUACUACUUAGACUAGAUAUUACAGAAGCCAAGAGCAACUUUCAGGAUCUCCAAUGGCACCACCGCCUCGCCCUCCGUUUACCGAGCUUCCGCUUGACAAGAGCGGUCCUCCAGGAAAUGCAUGGGGCCUCUACGGUGCCAAUGAUGAACUUGGUGCCCUCAAUAUGAUCACUCCCUCUGUUGUCAAAGCCGCUGCACAAGAAAUCCAAACCGGCGACCGUGUGUCUUUGGACUGGUAUCUUAAUCUGCCAUCCCACCCAUCCUUCAACCGGCCAUCAUUCUCUUGGACCAUGAAAAACAAGGAGCAUCCUGACGGGACAAAACGAACAGUAAAUGACGACCAUGUGGAUUUCAACACGCAGGGAAGCAGCCAGUGGGAUGGUUUUCGACAUUACGGAUACCAAAGCGCGAAGAAAUACUACGGCGGACGCUCACAGCAAGAUAUUGAAUCGUCGCAAGUCAUUGGUAUCGACCGUGUGGCCAAUUCAGGCGGCAUCACAACCAGAGGCAUCAUCCUAGACUAUCCGCGCUAUCUCGAGAAGAAAGGCAAAAAGCAAGUGAAUUCGCUGGAAGCGAACAGCAUCACUGCAGACGUGCUGGGAGACAUGUUGAAGGAUGUGGACGUGCAGCCAAGAGAGGGCGACCUGCUCUUGCUAAGAACAGGCUUUACCCGUGAUUACAACAAGCUCAGCGAAGCAGACAGAAAAACGAUCAAGGACAAGCCACCAACUUUCCUUGGUGUUCAGUCCGACAAGCAGAGCUUACAGUGGAUAUGGGAAAGUGGAUUCGCAGCUGUUGCGUCUGAUGCCCCUUCUUUCGAAAUGUCACCUCUAGUAGGCCCUCAUAACGCCCCCGGUGGCAUAUGGGCAAACGAGUCUUGGGAGGAAGAGAUGCAAGGUGGUGGGUUGUUGCAUCAAUGGCUACUUGGUGGUUGGGGGGUUAUGAUUGGCGAAAUGUGGGACUUGGAGGCACUGUGUAACAAGAGCGCAGAAUUGGGAAGGAAUACAUGCUUUGUGAGCAGUGUGCCACUCAAGGUACCAGGAGGUGUAGCAAGUCCACCAAACGCCGUCGCUAUCUUCUAAAUCAAGAUGUAUAUUGGAAGCAUACACUUGCGGGCCUCCAUAAACUUUGCCAAGUUCAAGAUAGGAUGGGAAAUGGUCUAAUAAACAGCUAU